GUUCUUCUUUACCGACGCGAGUAUUCUGAACAAUAUAAAAUGGCGUUGAUUUGUAAGAACGCGUUUUUCAAUCAAAUUAAAGAAUAAUCCGAGAAUAAUGAACCAUAAUUGUUCAGUUUUCCUAUAAUAUUAAGUGAUUUGUAUCGAUUAAGAUAUAAUAUACCACUUGAACUAUUGUGAUAAAGUUAAAAAGUGCACGUGUUUAAAAAGUGAGGUUAAGCGUUCAAGAUGGGUGUUAUCAGCGAAAUUUUAGAAGAAAACGUCUCAAAAGCGUCCAAAUUUAAAUCAAUCGAAGUUAACAAGCCUAUAGACGUCGAUUACGACCUGGGAAACCUCUUAGUUAUUGACGGAAACGAAUUAGAUCAGCAAAAAAUUUUGAGUAAAGAUUGUGACGAUUACAUCCUAAAUUUAACCCGAGAUAACGUACAAUUAUUAGUAAAUCAAAUUUGGACUUUAGAAACGGAACGAAGAGACGAAGUCAUCGUCGCGAAACUUCCCGAACCCACAUUUCCAUUACCCAGAUCGAGACCAAUUCCAAAACCAAAAAAACCGACUAAAUGGGAACAAUUUGCAAAAGCAAAGGGAAUCCAAAAGAAAAAGAAAUCGAAAUUAUCAUGGGAUGAAACUUUAAAACGUUGGGUACCCCUAUACGGGUACCGCAAAAACGCCGCCGAAGCCGAAAAAAAUUGGGUCAUUGAAGUGCCCCAAAACGCCGAUCCAUACGAAGACCAAUUCGCUAAAAAACAAGAAGUUAAAUCGGAAAAAGUUGCUAAAAAUGAAUUUCAAAGACUCAGAAAUAUCGCUUCGGGUGUUAAAAUUCCUCGAACGGGGGUUAUGCCACAAAUUGGAUCGUCGAAAGAUUUAAAUAUAGCUGCAACGAUCGCUAAAUCUUCAACAGCAAGCUUGGGUAAAUUCCAAGAGACUUUGCCGAAAGAGAAAUUAGCACGUGGCGUGUCUGAAGUUCUUCCUGGAGCGUCUCGAAAGCGAAAGAUGACGCAUUCUGGGGGUGCCGAAACUGAAUUAAAGGAUAAUGUGAGGAUUUUUGAUGAGGUGUUGAAGAAACGGCCGAAAAUUAACGUUGAAAAGGCUGUUGAGAGGAGCGUUGGAGAAAGUGAAAUUAGAAAUCGGAGGAAAAAUAAGAAAAAUGAUCAGAAAAAGAAGCCGAAAGGAAAGAAGGGUGAAAGAAAAGGAAAGAAUUCUGGAAGGAAACGUCGUUAGAAAUAAGUUUUGUUUUAUUUAGAUUAAGCGACAUAUUAUGAUAAGUUUUUUAGGGUUACAUUUUGAUGUUUUUAAUAUUUUUUUGUAAUGAAAAAAUUAUUAAAAAUAAUUAUUGGUC